GGCUGCAAUUAUUUCUUUAUUCAGAAGGGCAAUUAUUUCUUUCCCUCCCACAAAUUAUUUACAGGAAAUCUUUUUCAAACCGGCCUCUCUGCUCUCUCACUCUCUCUAUCCUAGUAUCUCCAUCCAUGGUAAGAGGAAUACUCUUCCCUGCUGGACUCUCGGUCGUAAUUGUUGUUCUUGUCCUAGUCCAUGAAGCUUGCAGUGGCAACGAUAGUCAUCAUCACUCAUGUCCUCCUUCUUCCUGCGGCAAUAUUCAGAAUAUAAGCUAUCCGUUUUGGUUGGAAGGCGAUCCACCAAUGUGCGGAGAUCAAAGGUAUAAUCUGUCUUGUGAGGAUAACCAAACAGUGUUACACUUAUUUGCUGGAAAAUAUUACGUACAGGAAAUCAUUUACAGUGACUACACAAUCCGAGUUGUAGACGCAGGUAUUGAGAAGGACAAUAUCUCCUCCAUCCCUCGCUAUUUUCUAAACCGCUACAAUUUCAGUUCAGGGGAUCCGUAUACCCUAUCUUAUCCAUCUAACAUAAAGGUCCUUUGUAAUAGUACUGGUCAGUACGAGCAGUUAGGGAAUGGCAAUAUGCCAGCAACGGGUUUGGUUUGGGUGAAGUGCGAAAAGCCAGUGAUUUCUCGUAAGUAUUUGGACACGUCUAGUUGCUUGAGUAAUGGAGUGAAAUCUUCCAACUCUUCUCUAUUCCAUUCCAAGAGCUAUCGAUAUGUUUUAUUUUCCGAAUAUAUAUCUCUAGACGAUUUGGGGGACUCUUGCCAAAUAGAGCAAAUGUUUCCGAAAGCGUCGUUUAUGGUUAACCUAAUUAGUUGUCCAUUCGUUUACGAUCAAGUGGCCGAUGGUUUUAAGCUUUCAUGGGUGCAAGUUUUGUGUGAUAACUUCACAGGAGAUGACAUUUGCAACCUCAAUAACGUGAAUUUCCCUGAUCAGUGCGGCCUUCCCAGUUCUAAAAUAUCCGAGAUACUUGGAAAAGGUAUUGGAGCUCUUUACAACAUAUUAGUACCGCAGAUUAUACAAGACAAAUUUGAUUGGCUUUCCGGAGAUGAUGGGCCAUACUAUGAAGACUCUUUGGCAAAACUAACGAUAAUCAUGAUCAACUGUGGCGGACUAUACCUUGCAGCAAGAGUUGUAUUGUCGAUUCCCUGCGUGAUUACGUUUUUGAUAUAUAAAUGGCGUAGAAGGCAUUUAUCGAUGUACAAUGUUGUUGAAGAAUUCUUGCAAAGCCACAAUAAUCUCAUGCCACUAAGGUACUCUUACUUUGAAAUUAGGAAGAUGACCAAAAAUUUCAAAGACAAACUAGGCGAAGGAGGCUAUGGCACUGUAUUUAAAGGAACACUUCGAAGUGGCCGACUCGUAGCUAUAAAAAUGUUGGGUAAGUCCAAAGCUAAUGGACAAGAUUUUAUCAAUGAAGUUGCAACCAUUGGAAGGAUUCACCAUGUUAAUAUAGUGCAACUCAUUGGUUUUUGUGUUGAAGGAUCAAAGCGAGCUCUAGUAUAUGAGUUCAUGCCUAAUGGCUCCCUGAAUAAAUACAUAUUUUCCCCAGAAGAAAGUACCCUCCUAAGCUAUGACCAAAUGUUUGAUAUAGCUCUAGGAGUGGCUCGUGGAAUUGAAUAUCUACAUCAAGGAUGUGCCAUGCAAAUUUUGCACUUUGAUAUCAAGCCUCACAACAUUCUUCUUGAUGAGAAUUUUGCUCCAAAGGUUUCUGACUUUGGCUUGGCAAAGCUAUAUCAAGUAGAUGAUAGCAUUGUCUCUUUGACUGCUGCAAGAGGGACGUUAGGAUACAUGGCUCCUGAGUUGUUCUAUAAAAACAUUGGAGGCAUUUCAUACAAAGCUGAUGUUUAUAGUUUUGGAAUGUUAUUGAUGGAAAUGGCGGGUAGAAGAAGGAAUGUAAAUGCAUUUGCAGACCAUUCAAGCCAAAUUUAUUUCCCUACUUGGGUUUAUGACCAAUUGCAUGAUGGAAAAGACAUAGAAAUUGAAGAUGUUACAAUGGAAGAAAAGAAAAUAGUUAAGAAGAUGACCAUGGUCGCCUUAUGGUGUAUACAGAUGAAGCCUAGUAAUCGCCCUUCAAUGAACAAGGUCAUAGAAAUGCUUGAAGAAGAAGUUGAAAGCUUACAGAUGCCUUCCAAGCCUUUCUUAUCAUCAGUAGAGAGCCCCAUGAGGGAUUUUGGAGAGGAUUCAAAUCAAACUUGCUCAUCAAUUCAAUCAAAAGAAUCAAGUCAAACAACUCAGUUUUAAAUGC